GCCGCCGCCCGUUCCCUCGGGCAUGGCGCGGGGCCGCUCUCGGCAGAGCCGCCCUCCCUGCCCGGCGGGCUGGGCUGCACAGCCCGCGGGGGUUUUACCCUUUCGCGGAAGCGCUUGAACAGAGAUGGGAAUCCCGUUUAUACCUUUUUUUCCAAACAGCUCAAUGGCACCCCGAAAGAAGUUAAAGGGUCUUGUAGCUGCUACCAUCACUCCAAUGACUCCGGAUGGGGAAUUCUGAUGCUCUCCUCAUCCUUUAAUGAGAGAGAGAGGUCAAAGUCACAUCCAGCAGAUGCCGUUUCCCUCUCUGUAUCCAGCAGUUAUAACCGUCCAGCAGUUUAACCAUUUGCCAACACUUGCACUAAUAACUUUGUGCUCUCAAGAGGACUCCUGUUUCCUUCAAAAGAGGAAAAGGUUUUAGUGUCUCCUGUUCUCUCACAUCUCCCAAAAAAGUUCUUUGCCGUGACAAGCCUGCAGCAAUUCCCAGUAAAAGUUUGGAACGGUGAACUACUUGUCAGGAGGAAGAGAAACUGCAAGAGAGAAUUCAAGGCUGAGCUGAUACCCUCAGAUGUUAAACAGAUGCCAAGUGUUUCUUACCUCUGGAAAAAUUAAUCUCUCAGUGAUUCGUCAGUACGUGGAUUAUCUGGUAAAUGAGCAGAAUGUCAAGAACAUUUUUGUGAAUGGCACAACAGGAGAAGGCCUAUCCCUUAGCAUCCAGGAGAGGAAGCAGUUGGCAGAAGAAUGGAUGUGCCAGGGAAAAGACAAAUUGGACCAUGUGAUCAUUCAUGUGGGAGCACUGAAUCUGCCAGAGUGCCAAGAACUGGCAAGACACGCAGCAGCCAUAGGUGCUGAUGGCAUUGCUGUCAUAGCCCCCUUCUUCUUCAAACCCACAAACAAAGAUGAGCUGGUUGCUUUCUUACAGAAGGUUGCAUCUGAAGCCCCUGAGGUGCCAUUUUAUUAUUAUCACAUUCCUCCUCUGACAGGUGUGAAGAUUCGUGUGGAAGAAUUGCUGGAUGGGAUAAAAGCACAGAUCCCCACCUUCCAGGGUGUGAAGUUCAGUGACACAGACCUCUUGGACCUGGCACAGUGCAUACACAAGAAUGAAACAGGGGAGUUUGAAUUUCUUUAUGGGGUGGAUGAGCAACUGUUGGGUGCACUGGCACUAGGGGCAAAUGGAGCAGUUGGAAGUACAUACAACUAUUUGGGCCGACAAACCAAUCUGAUGUUGCAAGCCUUUGCAAAGCCAGACUUUGCCUUGGCACAGCGGUAUCAGUUUCUCACUGGGGAAUUUCUCAGCUUUGUCAUCAAACUGGGUUUUGGUGUUGCACAGACUAAAGCUGUAAUGACUUCUGUUUCUGGCAUUCCCAUGGGACCUCCGCGGCUUCCGCUUGUUGAUGCCUCCAGUGAGUUCGUCGUCAAGGCCAAAGCCAAGCUGGACAGCAUUGUGUGGCCUAAUGGUGACUGAGCGUGGAGUCAUGGAAUCAUUACGGUUGAGAAAGACCUCUGAGAUCAUCAGGUCCAACCAAUAACUUGACACUCCUGAGUCCACCACUAAGCCACAUCCUCAAGUGCCGUUUGUAUGAUGUUCUUCACUUCCAUGUCGAUCUGGAGGUUUCUUUUCUCUGGGAUAUGGGAUUCUCUGCCAUAUGACACAUCCCCCACAUGAUGGGCAGGAUUUCUUUCAGGGAACUGGCAAUGUGCCCAAGCCCCUUCCUCUUAGGGCUGGCUUUGCUGGGGCACAUGUGGCCUGACAUUUUACACUGCUCCCCUGGAGCUCUGCAUGUUCCAGGACUGACUGGGAUUGUUUAAUAAAAAAAUAGCAGAUUUUUUCCCAGUUGGAGGAGAGAGCUGAUGACUUUUGCAUAGAAAUGAGGAAGAUCUGUCUCUACACCCUCUCAGCUGGAUGGAGUUUUGUCUUCUCCAUGAGGACACUACAUUGUGGGUUUAAACAACAGUAUCACACCAUCAGGUUGCUCAGGCUGGUAUCUGUUCAUCAGAGUCACUGGGACAUUGUCUGUGCAUGUAAAAUCCUGCUUCUGUCUGAUCUCUGUGUUUAUAAACCUUAAUGCAAAAUUAAAAAAAGAAAUCCCUUUUGUGACA